CCCAGCUGGACCGUUACGGCGGAGCCGUCGCCUCGUUCGCUUGGCACCCAAUCCUGAGGUUUUCUAAUGAUCGUCUUUUACCAUGGCAACCAAUAUGGAGGUGCUGGCUCAGCAGAUAGUGGAGACACAGCAGGUGGCUGAGGUGCAAUCUUUACAGACAACAUUAUCUGACUCUCCAGUGAUGACCAGCCCUUCUCAACGCAUCCAGAUAAUCUCCACAGAUUCCUCCGUAUCCUCACCACAGCGUAUUCAGAUUGUUACAGAUCAGCAAACAGGGCAGAAAAUCCAAAUAGUGACAGCAGUGGACUCAUCAGUAUCACCAAAGCAACAGUUUAUAUUGGCUAGCCCAGAUGGAACGGGGACAGGAAAAGUGAUAUUGGCUGCACCUGAGUCUUCUAAUACUAAGCAACUUAUUUUUACAACCACAGAUAAUAUUGUACCAAGCAGAAUACAGAUUGUGACUGAUUCUGCCUCCGUGGAACGGUUAUUAGCUAAAACUGAUCUCCAACGACCACAAGUAGUAGAAUAUUGUGUUGUCUGUGGAGACAAAGCAUCAGGCCGUCAUUAUGGUGCUGUCAGUUGUGAGGGAUGCAAAGGCUUCUUUAAAAGGAGUGUGAGGAAAAAUCUGACCUACAGUUGCCGUAGCAACCAAGACUGUAUCAUCAAUAAACACCAUCGGAAUCGCUGCCAGUUUUGUCGGCUAAAAAAAUGUCUCGAGAUGGGCAUGAAAAUGGAAUCUGUACAGAGUGAAAGGAAACCUUUUGAUGUGCAGCGUGAGAAACCAACCAACUGUGCUGCUUCAACAGAAAAAAUAUAUAUCAGGAAGGACUUAAGAAGCCCACUAAUAGCAACUCCAACUUUUGUAGCAGAUAAAGAUGGCACCAGAUCAGCUGGACUUCUUGAUUCAGGAAUGCUUGUUAAUAUUCAGCAGCCGCUAAUACGGGAUGAUGGUACAGUGCUCUUGACCACAGAUUCCAAGGCUGAAACGAGUCAGGGUGCCUUGGGCACACUGGCAAAUGUUGUAACAUCACUUGCUAGUCUGAAUGAGUCGCUUAAUAAUGGAGACACUUCUGAAAUCCAGCAAGAAGACCAAUCUGCAAGUGAGAUCACUCGGGCAUUUGAUACUUUGGCUAAAGCACUUAACACCACAGAGGGUGCAGCAGCUCAAAAUGUAGCAGAUGGGAUGGAUCCUACAGUUGGAGGAAAUAUACAUGUAAUCAGUAGGGAUCAGUCUACACCAAUCAUUGAAGUUGAAGGACCCCUUCUUACAGAUACUCAUGUGACAUUUAAGUUAACCAUGCCAAGUCCAAUGCCAGAGUAUCUGAAUGUUCAUUACAUUUGUGAGUCAGCAUCCCGGUUGCUUUUCCUUUCCAUGCACUGGGCUAGAUCUAUUCCAGCUUUUCAAGCACUAGGGCAGGACUGUAAUACAAGUCUUGUGCGUGCCUGCUGGAAUGAACUGUUUACUUUAGGCCUUGCCCAGUGUGCACAGGUGAUGAGUUUGUCAACUAUUUUGGCAGCUAUUGUCAACCAUCUCCAAAACAGCAUACAGGAAGAUAAACUUUCCGGAGACCGAAUAAAACAAGUGAUGGAACACAUUUGGAAGCUUCAGGAGUUCUGUAACAGCAUGGCUAAACUUGAUAUUGAUGGAUAUGAAUAUGCUUACCUUAAAGCUAUAGUCCUUUUUAGUCCUGAUCACCCUGGUCUAACAAGUUCCAGCCAAAUAGAAAAAUUCCAGGAGAAAGCUCAGAUGGAAUUGCAAGACUAUGUUCAAAAAACCUAUCCAGAGGAUACAUACAGACUAGCCCGAAUUCUUGUUCGCCUGCCAGCACUUAGACUGAUGAGCUCUAGCAUUACUGAAGAACUCUUUUUUACUGGGCUCAUUGGAAAUGUACCAAUUGACAGCAUCAUACCCUAUAUCUUGAAAAUGGAGACAGCCGAAUAUAAUGGUCAAAUAACAGGAUCAUCUUCCUAGAAGAAUCAGUGUUUUUCUGGAUCAGAGUACACUGUUUAACUUGGAUAAUAUACUUUCCAACAUAUACCAAUUUUUGUUGUUGAUGUUACUUUCUCCUGUCUAUAUUGAAAGAUAAGUCUUAAAAACAGUUGUGCAAAGCCUUUUUCUAGGACCCAUUUCUGCCAGAAGAAAAUAUUUUAAUUCCUUUUAUUGAAAAGUCCACAGCGUAUUGCUGAAUGCGCUUCUUAUUUAGAAACUGACAGUGACUUCAAAUGCCAGAAUGCUAAUUUAGAAGAAUUAAAUUAAAAACAGUGAUCUGAAUUUGAAGAGCUGCACAUGGAAGUCUAGUCAUGCAUUGCGGUUCCCUGGUCCCCACUUCCUUUUACAACCUCUUAUGGUCUCUUUCCUCCAAAAGGGCGCUCCUAAAAAUCAGAGUUGUUUUCAGAUUACUGUCUAAUGAAGCAUGGUGGGUUGUUGCAGAAGUGAAAGUUUUUCCUAUGGACAAAAGGACUCUUUAAAUUCAAGUCUGUAUUUAUGUAUUUUUAAAAAUCUUUUGAAUUAAUGUUUAAAUUCUUGGGAUAUGGUAAUUAUCCACUUUUUAAAGCACUUGGUAAAGCUACAACAUUGAAACUGUACAUUGUCUUGCUUGUAUAAGCAGAGUAAAUCAUUAAUAGCAUUUUAAAUUACAGACACACUUUACUGAUUUCUGUGGAAACACAACAAGCUGUGGAUGACAAUCAUUUGUGCUACAAAAUACCAGUUGUAUAUGUUUAUUAGUAAUACAGUUGUUUUAAGGAUAUUUCUAUACUAUUUGAAAUUUAAACUUGGCUAAAUUAAUGUAACUGUUUACAUUACAAUGCAAAAGAAACAUAAUGUUAUGUAGGAUUUAUUCACACUGAAGGAUAGCAUACUAACUUCUUGCAUUUGUCAUGAGAAAGUGGUCGGAUUUUUAAAAGGCUUAGUCCCAGCCUCCUGCUGUUUAUUUACAAAUGUUUCAUCACAAUAUACUAUUUAAAAAUAACUGUUCUGUGUCCAUCACAGUUUCAGUAACAACUGUGUGCUCCUGAGUGGUUGCAUAUACAUUAUAAUUUCAAAGGAAUUCCUUCUCUUUGAAACUUGAAAAGACUGAUUUUGGCAUAUCACAUGCUCCUAUAGUACAGUGAUUGCUGACGAAUAUGACGAUCAGCCUUUUUCCAAGUACUUCUGCCUCCAGUUCCAACCUAAUAUGUUAUAUUCUGAUCCACUUUACAGGUGUCUUUUCCCUGUUGUGUCAUGACAAUCUCAGCAAGGGAGGGGAGAGUCUACAGUUAUGUAGCCCAAUAGUAUGCAAAUUGUAUGAUGCCCUUUCUUCCAUUAUUAUAUGUUUUAGAGCAGCCAUUCUCAACAGGGGCCGUAUGGCCCCUGGGGGCCCCUGGUACAUUUGAAGGGGGCCACAGACUGGCAACAAUUCUUCACACGACACCUUAUACCAUCCUGAUUCAACCUAUAUUUUUUUCAUGUUGUGUUUAUGGUCAUGGACAAAAGAAAAAAAGGUUGAGAAUGGCUGUUUUAGAUGAUGUGCUUUGUUCUGCAGUUUCUACACUGCAGUUAAGACUAUGAAAUUCCCUACAUCAAAAUGUAAGGAUGGUUCUCAAUUUAAGACAUCUUUAAAAGGAGACUAGGAAAUUCAUGACGAGUAAGGCUUACUAGUGGCUACUAGUUACGCAGGCUGCAUGUUACCUCUAGGGCAGUGUUCCUCAACCUUGGGCCUCCAGAUGUUCUUGGACUACAACUCCCAGAAGCCUUCACCACCA